UCAUCAUGGCGACUUCCUGUGGCAGCAUCAUGUGAGGAAUCCUGGCAGCUGUUUAUAAGUUUUGAAGAGAUUUCAAAUGGAGUAAUUAGGUUUUAGUUCACGACUGAUGUCCAAAAUGUUGCGUUCAGCAUUUCAGAGGGGGAUUUUGACUCGAAACAGUGGUGUUAAUGUUUUAAAGUGUGCUGCUUCAUCUUCAAGCUUGCGGAGAUCAGCUGUCUGUCCUUCAGAAAGAGUCCCGCAAAAAACCCUGAGAUUCUUCAGUGGAUCAGCGACUUUAACAGCUCCAAAGUGGACCGAGAGCAGUAAUUCCAGCUCAAACGCAUUUGAUCACGUGCCUGAUCAAAACCAAAGGGAUUCAUUUGGCGAUUAUUCUAGAAAGUUAUCCUCCAGAAGAAUCUUCCGUAAAGCAUCUGCAGAGCAGCGGGAUCUGAAAUACAGAACUGCCGAAGAGGAUGAGGAGGAGGAUCAAAAGCCGGUGGAAAAGUUCAAGUCCAGAACGGGUCGGAGAAACACACCAUACUGGUACUUCCUCCAGUGCAAAAGGCUCAUCAAAGAGGACAAACUGGCCGAAGCAUUAGUUCUGUUUGAGGCUGAAAUGCUCAAAGGUGAGAAGUUGCAGCCUGAGGAGUUCAAUUACACCGUUCUCAUUGGUGGAUGUGGACGCGUGGGAUACCUAAAGAAAGCCUUCCAGCUAUACAAUAAUAUGAAGAAGCGACGCAUAGAGCCAUCAGAUGCGACAUACACCGCCUUGUUUAACGCUUGUUCUGAGUCACCAUGGAAACAGUCAGGGCUGGAACAGGCACUGAAGCUCAAACAGGAGCUCCUCAAGAAAAACAUCACUCUCACUGCCAUCACCCAGCAUGCUUUGCUCAAAACAGUCGCUCUUGCUGGAGAUAUGAAGUCAUGUUUUCAACUUCUGCGGGAGAUGCUUCAGAAUGGCCAACCAAUCACACAAGAGACAUUUCAGUAUCUGCUGAUCAGCUGUGUGAAUGACAAGCAGCAUGGGUUCAGACUGGCUUUACAGGUGUGGCACCAGAUGCUUAAUAUUGGAAUAAAACCAGAUGCGCAAAAUUACAACAUACUCCUGCGGGCUGCACGGGAUUGUGGGAUAGGUGAUCCCAAUCUGGCUUCUGCAAUAUUACUGAAGAGACCAGAGGAGGAAGUGAACCCAAAAAUGAUAAGUGGAAGAAAAAGCCACAGAGCAAAAGUCAAAGUGGAGACGUCGUGUCAGCACUUGGAUAUUGAUGCAUUUGAGAACGAGUUAUUUGUGGACACACAAACACAGAGACUUGGAUUAACCAAAGAGAGUGAUUUGAAGGAAAAAGAUCAAAGUGUAAAAGACGGAUCUCAAGAUGAGACUCAAAUGUUGCCUGUAUCGUCAAGUGGUUCUCUGACCUGUCAAUCCGAAUUAUCAGCACACAGCUCCAGUUUGCCAAACCUCUUGGACCCCAGAACUUGCCACUCAAGUGUAGUCGCCUUGGGGCCUGUGAAUAGUGCUUCAGAUAGACUUGCUCUUAUUGGUAACCUUGAAGGCUUUUUGGAGAAAAUGGCCAAAGAUGGACUGAAGCCCAACAUUAAAACCAUCACACUGUUGGCUGAUGUCAUGGAAGCUGGCAGCCAAUCAAUGCAGAGUUUGAUUGAUGUAGCCAAAAAGAGUCACGUCAAGCUGGAUGUGCCGUUCUUUAACACUGUGAUCAAAAGGGUGGCCAAAGCUGGAGACUUGGAUGGUGCUAAGGCUGUUAAAGCUCUAAUGGUUGACAGAGGACUGGCCACGAAUGCUCAGACGUUCUGUAGUAUUGCUUUGGCCUGCCGAAGAGAAGAAGAUGCAAUGCAACUCUUUACUGAUAUGGAGGCUUGUGGAAUUGUACCGAAUGCUCAUAUAUACAGUGCUCUGAUCAGCCAAGGACUAAAGCGUUUGGACUACACGUAUCUGCAUGAACUUCUCAAACACAUGCACAAAAUGCAGGUGCCGCCUAAUGAGGUCAUCAUCAGACAACUGGAGUUUGCAUCUCAAUAUCCUCCGUCAUAUGACAAGUUAAAAUCACAGAACAUAUACCUGGACAGGAUUGAUGGCUUUCGUGGUUUUUACAAAGAAUGGCUGGAGUUCAUGCCUGGCCAGGAAACACCACACCCCUGGGCCAAAUAUCAGUCACCGAAACCAGAGUCAGAUCAAGAUGGAGUAAAACAAGUUUCAGAAUAAGUCUGGACCCAAUUGAACUUGCAGUUAUACAUGUAAAGGUUGCCUGAACUUAAUUGUGAAUAUAUAAGGAUGAUUUGAGGCUGAUUUUGAAUAUGUCUGGUAAUAAUUGUACAUAUGUUUGUUUUUAUUAAACAUUUGUAUUUAA